CUUCUGGUUUUGUAUCAAUUCGACGGUGAAUCACAACAUUGGCCUGUGCGUGUGGUCGACUCCGUUCCUCAGGCUCAUAUGGACUGGAUAACUUGCCUCACGAUGUUCAAGCAGAGUUCUGAACGUUAUGUCAUUGUGUCGGGUGGAAAUGACCAUGCACUUGGAGUUUGGCAAAUUAUGAACCUUCCAGGAGACUCAUUCCCAUCACUUUCUUCAGUUUGGUUUGGAACUGAGCAUCCACAACCAUUGAUUGCUGUUUCUUUCAAAGAAUCUCUCCUCAUAUCCACUUCAACCGAUGGAACAACAGUAAUUUGGGACAUAACUGAUUCUGGUGUUGAAAGUAAAAGGAAGUUUAUUCUUCCAGAGGCUAGACAGGGUGGAAAGUUGAACGUGAUGAACAUUAAUGUGUGUGCAUACGAGGAAGGGCCUGAGGAAAUGGAUUCUGAAGAAGCGGAUGAACUUGGCUUAGGGUUACUGUUUGGUUACGAACCAGAGUCAGAAUCGAGAGAUAGGAUUGUUACAGUUGACGAAAAAAAGAUGGACUGCAACAAAUACGGAAGCUUUACGGUUGGCUUCAUGCUUCCCGAUGGCUCUUUCAGCCUGAAGACGAGGCACAUCUUCAAACCGAAAUUCAACGUGGCCUUUGCCGGUCAUGCGAAUGUCCUUGACGGCAGCACCAUUCACCUUUGUCCUGGAGUCGAAAACGAAGGCAAAAGUGUUCUUGUUUCUGCGGGCACUUCUAAUGAUCGUGUAGGUGAGGUUUGCUUAUGGAGGUUGAGUACAGACAGUCGUAUGUCUGGUGGGUUGAAGAAGCAGGCUGCUGGAGCAGUUACAGCGAUUACAACGUGUGGAAAGUACAUUUUAGUUGGCUGCGACAACGGUCAAAUUUCAGCAUAUCGUAUUGAAGAUGGUUGUCAGGUAGAAUUCUGCGCGCCUCCUUUUGCUCGGGCUAUAGAUGAUCUGCUGGUAGAAGUCGAUGAAUCUGGUAAAAUGAAUGGACUUGCAAUCACAAAUGGCAAUGUUUACGAGUUUUAUGUACAAGAAGAUUCAGCCUCUAAACUAAGCACAGUUUAUUCGCUCAACCAAAGUGUUAUUCAAUCCGGGAGGGAUCCCUUUGUCUAUUCGGUUUCGUAUGAUCGAGAAACUAGAAAGUUGUUAUUUGGAACUUCUGGUGGAAAUCCCCUCAUUGGUUGUUUUGGAGGUGAUUCUGUCACUGGUGAAAGUGAAGUUGAUCUUGACAAAGAUACUGUCGCUUCCUCACUGAGCGUCGAUCCCUAUCCUCAGAUUGUGACUAGUGUUAAGAAGUUCAAGUUUCGCCAAAACAGCACACGAUAUUUGGGCCUCGUAAACGGAGAGCUUCGAUUCUUUGGAACAAAUGGGAAGGUGAAUUUGCAGUUUUAUCUUGGAUGGCAUUUUGUUAUUCAUUAUCUGUCAUGCUAUACUUUUCUCUCUAUAUAUCCAAAGGCACUAAAGAACAAUGAGCAAUUGACGAAUAUUUCGUCAAAGGAUGACUUACAGGUGAUUACCUACCGUAAAAGGGACUAUCUUCUGGUUUCUGGAACUGUGGAUGCUCAUUAUUCAGCCAUCCACCUUUACAAUGACAAACUUGCGUGCUUGGGAGAGUACAAAGUAAGUGUGGCACCAUUUGAGCAUAAUUGA